AUGUUGCAGCUAUCCAUGCCGUCACAUGAUGAGCUAUGGUCAGCCACCACGACUGAUCAGUGGUCUAUAAUCUACGCAGAGUAUGCCUCCAAGAAAUCCAGGUCACUUCGACAUGAAUUGGACAUUCUUUACCAACAGAAAGAAACACCACCGCAAUCCAACAUCUCGAUAUUCUUCGGUCAGCUGAAGGCAUUGGAAGACAAUGAGGGUAAAGCCAGAAUUGUCGUGUAUCAUGCCGCCAAGCUACUCAGCUGGCUCCGAGAUCAUCCGACCAACAGCCAUCAUGAGCCCAUGGCUCUUCUAACUGGAACACUUGCGCUGUGGAUGUUCACAGCUCUAGGCAAGCAAGACAAGCCCGACUCGUCGUCCAGAUCUCUACUGCAGGCUAGCCCCGCAUCAGAUAGGACUUCUAGGCUGUUUACUCUUAGACUCGACAAAGAGAUCGAAGAUGAGAUGCUCGUGAAAUGGACCUCAGGAGAUCGAGGUAUGAGGCCAUAUAUGGGGGGUGUUGGAUCCCUGAUCGAGCAAGGGUGGUCUUUGAGCAUCGCUAUAGGUAUGGUGGUACGGGCACAGUACAAGAACAACAGACGGGGAAAAUAG